AUGCUCGGCUCCUCCUUCCUCCCUUCGCGUUUCCGCGGCGCGCCCAAAACUGAACCCAGUGCUCCACCCUCCUGGCUGAAGAAGAGGGUCACUCUGCUCAUCCAGACCUUCUCCCAUCGAGCUUGUCUCCAUCCUAUCCACACGAUCGUCAUUGUCGCGCUCUUGGCCAGCACAACCUAUAUUGGCCUCCUGGACAGCAGUCUCUUCGACACGGUCAAGUCGAAGGGGGCGGGGAAAGCAGACUGGAGCUCGUUGGUUGAGGGAAGUCGGCAGUUGAGGGUUGGUUCGGAGACGGGGUGGAAAUGGCAGACUGCCGACGCAGACACACCCAUUCCACAUGAUGCCGACCAUCUGGCGCUCCUAACAUUCGUAUUCCCCGACUCUUUGGCCGCCAACUCUCCACAGACCGCCCCUUUGGCAGAUGCUCUACCGCUCCCGCAGAACCUCUCCGUCACAGCUCUCCCACCGACGUCAAACCCUCUAGCCCCCAUAUCCCAAGAUAGCGCUUUGGCGUUUUCAGUUCCGUACAGCCAAGCCCCAGAGUUCCUUGCCAGGGCUCAAGAACUGCCUAAUUCCGCAAGGCCAUCCACGGACGAGGACGAUCGGGAUGAAUUUGGACAGCAGCCUACGAUUGAGCGAAAGAUGUGGAUCAUGAAGGCAGCUAAAGUGCAUGAGAGCCCACGUAGCAUCAGGGAGUGGGCCAGCAAUGCCCGGACCGAGUUUAUGGAUCUGAUCAAGAGUGCCGAGACGUUGGACAUCAUUAUUAUGGUGCUUGGAUACAUCUCCAUGCACCUGACUUUUGUGUCCCUGUUCGUUUCGAUGCGUCGCAUGGGUUCGAACUCCUGGCUCUUUGUCACGACGCUAUUCUCCUCGGUCUUUGCGUUCCUCUUCGGGCUGAUCGUGACUACGAAAUUGGGUGUGCCCAUGAACAUGGUUCUCUUAUCUGAAGGGCUCCCUUUUUUGGUUGUCACCAUCGGUUUUGAGAAGACGAUUGUCUUGACCAAGGCCGUUUUGUCUGCAGCUCUUGAAGCCCGCAGACCUCAACCCCAAGACAGCCUUAAGGGCGGGAAGACCGAGAAGUACGGCGUGGCAUCAACGUCCAUCCAGUACGCGGUCCAAGCCGCGAUCAAUGAGAAGGGCUAUGACAUUGUCCGCGACUACGUUAUUGAGAUCUGCAUCUUGAUAGCUGGAGCAGCCUCUGGCGUGCAGGGAGGCCUGCAGCAGUUCUGUUUCUUGGCGGCCUGGAUCUUGUUCUUCGAUUGCAUUCUCCUCUUCACCUUCUACACGGCCAUUUUGAGCAUCAAACUUGAAAUCAACCGGAUCAAACGACAUGUAGCACUCCGCCAAGCGCUCGAGGAUGACGGCAUCAAUCGAAGUGUUGCUGAAAAUGUUGCUCAGAGCGAUGAGUGGCCGAAAGCCGACAAGAAUGAAGGCGAAAAUAUCUUCGGCCCAAAGGUCAAGGAUAGCAUCGUGCCGAAGUUCAAGGUUCUCAUGGUUUCUGGCUUCAUUAUCAUCAACAUCCUCAACCUUUGCACCAUCCCAUUCCGAGGCGGCAAGAGCAAUGUGGAUACCACCGUCGCUGGGCUUUCUGGACAUGGCCUAUCAAGCGUCAUGACUCCACCGCCAAUGGACCCGUUCAAAGUUGCCUCGAACGGGCUUGAUUCCAUCUUUGAGACCGCCAGAUCUCAUAAUAGAUCGACCGUGGUCACCAUUCUAACACCUAUCAAGUACGAGCUUGAGUACCCCUCCGUUCACUAUAAGCGAGGCAGUAAGGAUGGGGCCCUUGGCUAUGUGGACCCUGCUUAUGAGGACUACGGUAUGAGUGGACGUGUGGUUGACAGCCUGCUGAAGAGUUUGGAAGACCCGAUUCUGUCGAAGUGGAUUGUUGCUGCUCUUGUGCUGAGCGUAGUUCUCAACGGGUACCUCUUCAAUGCAGCUAGGUGGAGUAUCAAGGAACCCCUGCAAAUGCCUCCACACCACGCCGUCGACCCCGAGGAGCUCGAUCGAGCACAGAACUUCAACAGUUCGCAAGGAACGCCUCCCCUGAGACUCAGUACUCUCAGAGCCCCGGAGAAAAUCGCCCCUCCAACCCCAGCUUCAACUGACGAUGAAGAGGAUGUUUUGACAAUGGCCAGGACACCCUCGGAUAGCCAGGUUCCCCUCCGCAGAACACAGGCCCAAAUGGAGAAAAUGCUCCAGGAGAAGAGAACUCAUGAGCUUACUGAUAAAGAGAUCAUCGAAUUGUCAUUGCAAGGGAAGAUUCCUGGGUAUUCUUUGGAGAAAGCUUUGAAGGACACGACCCGAGCAGUCAAGAUCAGGAGGGCGAUUAUUUCCCGCACACCUGCUACCGCCGAGACUACUGGCCUGUUGGAGAACUCGGCCCUGCCUUACGAACACUACAACUUUGACCGCGUCCUGGGAGCCUGUUGUGAAAAUGUUAUUGGCUAUAUGCCCUUACCGCUUGGUGUCGCUGGACCUCUUGUUAUUGACGGUCAAAGCUUCUUCUUGCCAAUGGCUACAACAGAAGGUGUCCUGGUCGCUAGCACUAGUCGUGGAUGCAAGGCAAUCAACUCCGGUGGUGGCGCUGUGACCGUCUUGACGGGUGAUGGCAUGACCCGAGGUCCUUGCGUUGCCUUUGAGACUCUGGAGAGAGCUGGUGCUGCUAAGAUUUGGCUGGAUUCCGAGGUCGGACAGAAGACUAUGACGAAGGCUUUCAACUCAACGAGCAGAUUUGCCCGGCUUCAAUCGAUGAAGACUGCCUUGGCAGGUACAAACCUCUACAUUCGCUUUAAGACGACUACUGGAGAUGCUAUGGGGAUGAACAUGAUCUCCAAGGGUGUCGAACACGCACUGAAUGUUAUGGCUACUGAGAGUGGUUUUGAUGAUAUGGAAAUCAUUUCGGUUUCGGGCAACUACUGCACUGACAAGAAGGCCGCGGCAAUCAACUGGAUCGAUGGCCGUGGCAAGAGCGUUGUGGCCGAAGCAAUCAUUCCAGGUGAUGUGGUACGCAAGGUUCUAAAGACCGACGUGGAUGCCUUGGUGGAGUUGAACGUUGCGAAGAAUCUUGUUGGCAGCGCUAUGGCAGGCAGUAUGGGAGGAUUCAAUGCCCAUGCCGCUAAUAUCGUUGCAGCCAUCUUCCUAGCCACCGGCCAAGAUCCUGCGCAGGUUGUGGAGAGUGGUAACUGCAUCACGCUAAUGAAGAAUUUACGGGGCAACCUGCAAAUCAGUGUUUCGAUGCCUUCUAUCGAAGUCGGCACUCUGGGUGGCGGCACAGUCCUUGAACCUCAAGGUGCUAUGCUUGAUAUGCUCGGCGUUAAAGGAUCCCACCCCACGAAUCCCGGUGACAACGCUCGUAAACUCGCGCGAAUUGUUGCCGCUGCCGUGCUUGCUGGAGAGCUUUCGUUAUGUAGUGCGCUGGCAGCCGGCCAUCUCGUCAAAAGUCACAUGGCACACAACAGAAGCGCCCCAGCAACAAGAACUAGCACCCCGGCACCGAGUGCAUCUCAGACACCUGUAACAAGUGCGAUGGUGUCCAUGCAGGAACGGGCAGGCCUGGCCAUGUCAUCAAACAUGUCGCCGGCCGCAAUCCAAAGGGUAGCUGAAGCGAGGAGAUGA